CCCUCACUCUACUUAUACUGCUGAGGCCUACAUGCAAAGAGAACUUGCAGAUCGUUGGGCCCGCGCUCGAUACUUCGGAUAGUUUGUGAAAGUUUGCAUUUGCGGGGUUACAUUCGACUUCAUACAUCCUUGACCCAUUGAAGCUUCCUUCCUUCCUUCCUCGCCUUGUCCCUUGCUUCUCUACAUCGCCACCAUGCAUAUCUCAGAGAAGCUUGCCCGGUCGCGGGCUGAAGGGAAGCCCACCUUCUCUUUCGAAUUCUUCCCGCCAAAGACGGCCCAGGGUGUGCAAAACCUCUACGACCGCAUGGACCGCAUGCACGGCUUUGGCCCUCAAUUCAUCGACAUCACCUGGGGCGCAGGCGGCCGCCACUCGAAGCUGACCACCGAGAUGGUCAAGGUCGCCCAAACCGUAUACGGACUCGAGACACUCAUGCACCUCACAUGUACUGACAUGGAACGAUCGAAGCUCGACGAGGCCCUCAACGACGCCUAUCAAGCCGGCUGUACGAACAUCCUCGCCCUGAGAGGUGACCCUCCGCGUGAAAGGGAGAAGUGGGAGGCAACUGAGGGCGGUUUCCGUUACGCAAAGGAUCUGGUCAAAUACAUCAAAGACAGAUAUGGCAACCACUUCGACAUUGGUGUAGCGGCAUACUCAGAAGGGUGCGAUGACAACGACGAUGUCGACCAGCUCAUCGAUCACUUGAAGGAGAAGGUGGAUGCAGGUGCUACGUUCGUGGUUACCCAGAUGUUCUACGAUACCGACAUCUUUCUCGACUGGGUCAAGAAAGUCCGCGCUAAGGGCAUCGACGUACCUAUUGUACCUGGCAUUAUGCCAAUCCACACCCACGCCGCUUUUCUGCGCCGGGCGAACUGGACCCGCUGCAACGUCCCACCGAAGUGGACUGCGGCAUUGGAGCCUAUCAAGAACGACGAUGUACAGGUCCGUGAAGUGGGAAGCGAACUUGUCGCAGAGAUGUGUCGCAGGCUGGUCGAUGCCGGCAUUCUGCACUUGCAUUUCUACACUAUGAACUUGGCUCAAGCUACGCGCAUGGUUCUCGAAGAGCUCGAGCUGCUACCCGACGUCGAGUCGCCUCUGGAGAAGCCCCUUCCAUGGCGACCAUCUCUCGGCCUCAACCGCCGCGACGAGAAUGUACGACCGAUUUUCUGGCGCAACCGCAACCGUUCUUACGUCGCUCGCACACAAGACUGGGACGAGUUCCCUAACGGCCGCUGGGGAGAUUCUCGAUCGCCUGCUUUCGGUGAAUUAGACUCCUACGGUGUUGGUCUGAAGGGCACGAACGAGCAGAACAUCAAGCUAUGGGGUACGCCUACGUCGGUCCAGGAUAUUUCCGACCUCUUCGUACGCUAUAUGCAAGGCGACCUCGAGUCCUUGCCAUGGAGUGAACAGGCCAUUACCGAAGAAGCCAACGCAAUCCAGAAGGACUUGAUCGACCUCAACAGACGCGGUUUCUUGACAAUCAACUCGCAGCCGGCCGUGAACGGUGCCAAGUCGUCCGACCCAACCUUCGGAUGGGGUCCACGCAACGGUUACGUCUACCAGAAGUCCUACCUCGAGGUCCUUGUUUCUCCGGAGUACAUCUCCGAGGUCAUCACCCGUAUCGAGCGCGAUCCCGAGUUCACGUACUACGCGGUCAAUAAGAAUGGCGACCUGAAGACAAAUGCUCCCAACGAAGGUCCCAAUGCCGUCACCUGGGGUGUGUUCCCAGGCAAGGAGAUCGUUCAGCCUACUAUCGUUGAGACUGUUAGUUUCCUUGCGUGGAAGGACGAGUUCUACCGUCUCGGUCAGGACUGGGCCAACUGCCACGCCAGCACCAGCCCCGCAAGAUACGUGAUUGGCGACCUGAUCGACACCUGGUACCUCCUCAACAUCGUACACAACGACUUCCACGUCACCAGCGGUAUCUUCCCCAUCUUCGACGGCUUGAAGGUUGAAGGCAUGGAGAAGAAGCUCGAUAACGGCAUCACCUCCACGGCGAACGGCCACGCAGAGACCAACGGUACAAACGGCACCGCAAACGGCGAGAAGACCGAGGUCCACAAGGAUGAGAAGAGCCUUCUUGAGACCGCAAAGGCAGCAGCCGUCGAAGUCACCAACGGCGUGAAGGACCUUGCAGUCUCCAACUAAGUCACCACCUAGCAGGUGAAUUACGAUCUUACUACAUUCAACACAGCAAGACCGGCACAUAUAUGGCCUUUCGACUCUCAUCUCACGACAUCAUGAUAUCCAGCUGAGUCAUCGAUAUUUCUCUCGCAUCUCAACAAGCGUUCUCGGGCACUCUGGCGUUCUCUGCUUUUUUAAGGAAGGAAUUGGGCAAGCACAUGGGAUGUGCAUCACACACAAAAGCAGAUCACAGUAUCUGGAAGGCGUCUAUUCAACCUGACGACCAUAAUAACCGUAAUGGAGGGGGGCGGAGCGCAAGUCUGCACUUGAUACUUGCGCUCAACUGUGAAGGGAGGAGACGAAACCUAGAAGGUUUGGAGGGUUUGCGGAGGAAUGGCUUUCUGAGAUACCCGACCAGUGCCCUCAACGGAGCUGGUCAACUUGAGGCUUUAUAUCAAUAAAAUACUAUGUAC